CGAAGCGGGGGCUGAUCUGAUGGCUGGAAAACACGCAUCGGACGGUGGCGAUGCGACCGGUUGGGAACCGGCGCAGAGCAUCGCCCUAGAAAAAUGAAUUGGAGAUGCCCUAACCUCAUCUCACCCUCGUCAGUCGUCUGUUCGCUACCACGCUUAGGCACCUCCCGCCUCAGCCUCGAGUGGCGCCCAUGGCCAUCUCCACGGCCCUCGCCGUCCGCGCCUCUCCCUCCUGCCAAUUCUCGGUCAGUUCGUCCUUUGCCUGCUCUCCUUUGUUUAGGCGGAAUGGAAGCAGUGCAUCUCCGCGCCUCCGAGGACUGCAAGUUUUAACAUCAGGUGUUUCUGCAUGGUUGGAUGAGAGGAUACACGGUCAAUCUUAUCUGAGGAAAAAUACAAUCGUGGCAUCAGAGAAUGAAAAUCCACCUUUAAUGCCUGCUAUCAUGACUCCUGGUGGCCCUCUGGAUCUGGCAACCGUACUGCUAGGAAACCGUAUAAUCUUCAUUGGUCAAUACGUUAACUCGCAAGUGGCACAACGUGUGAUAUCACAGCUUGUCACACUUUCUGCUAUAGAUGAAGAGGGUGAUAUUCUGAUAUAUCUUAACUGCCCUGGCGGAAGUCUCUAUUCUAUCUUAGCAAUUUAUGAUUGCAUGUCUUGGGUAUGUUAUCUAUAAUCUCUCCAGCUUAGCAAUUUAUGAUUGCAUGUCAUGGGUACAUUAUCUAUAAUCAUUGUAAUUCACUACUAUAAUUCAUGCCACAUUCUUAAUAUUUCUAGUUCCAUUAUAUAUAUUUUGUUUCUUGUUCACCCGGCACAAUAAUGCUUCCAUUUGAUUAAGAUUUAUGUUGUUGGCACUAGAAUCAUUGCACACACAGCACCAAACAAUUUUGAGUCUGUCGUGUAUAGACCUCCUUGGCCAGUGAGCUUACAUAUAAAACGAGCUAGUGAGCUUACUCGUAGUAUUAAAAGGAAAUAAUAAUGUUAUGCAAAAGCCGCUCUUGUGUCCAUGGUGUUGUUUACAAGAGUUGUAAUAUUAAAUUGGUACAUAAACCUGAGCAAUUCCUGUGCUGGGCGGCUCCAAGUAGGCUUUGGUACGGUUCUGCUUGCCACAUGCCUCAUUUCCCAAAUCUGGUUUAGCCUUAGAAACUGUUUUUUGGGCUGGCUAGGCCAAGUACUUAUGUCUUGUACAUAGAUCACACAUGGAGCUUCACCAUUGCUUCUUUUGCCUUCUUCUACUUCGCUUAGCAUCUUUUUACGACAUAUAAUGAGAAUUUUCUUUUGCUGCGUCUCAGGCCCUUAGAUUUGUAAUGCUGGUGGUGUCAUUGGAUGUUUCAUGGGAUAGUCGGAAAAAUAAUGUUGUAAAAUGAUGAAGUGUGAACUUAUCCGUAAGACAGGGACUCGCAUUAUGUGUGGUCAAUGUCUAUUGUUAGACUUUCCUAUUUCCCACAAAACUAACAGAGCGACGCAUGUUUAUGUGGCUAGAUUUGUGAAAUAAUCUUCAGUUCACAUAUCUGAUACUAAUGUUUUUUUUGCUUGUGCUGAUUUGAAUGCUCACGGUAGACAUGUAAAACUAUAAGUAAGAUGUAACAAAAAUGAAGUUUUAGUGUAAUUGGGUUCUUUGGUAAUCUUAAAUUUGUUGCUAAAGAAUACAUUCCACUUUUGACACUAUGUGCACGUCAAAACCAAUACCUAGCUUAAGAAUUAAUUUUGACACAAAUGUACCUGAUUAAGAACCCGAAAAUAAGAAUGUUGCUAAUCAUAGCAUUUUUGACCAUUCUAGUGGGGUUGGUUGGCAUUUAACUGUCGAUGUGGCACUCCACCUAGUCACUUCCUGUAGGUUGCUCAACAUUUUAGCUGUAAUCCUUGUGUUACUUAGCUGUAGCUGCAUUUCCUUGUAAGACAAUGUAUGUGUUAAGAGUUGUGUCGAAUAUUAUUGUACAAGGUAGGUUACAGUUGGACUUGGUUUUGGAUUGUGUGUAGACAGGGUAAGAGUUGUGUCCUAUUAGGACACUUGUGUCCUAGGCCUCUCAUAUAUAUCGGGGGUAGACACACUAUGUAACCUAUGCCAACAUAAUAGCACGGGCACGCGGGGGCUGCGCUGAGCCGAAGAGACGUAGGACACACACGAGAUUUGUUGUGAAAAAAAGGGGCUACGCAAAAGACUGGUGCUAUCCAUCGGAGGAAAAGAUAGGAUAAGCUAAUUGAACUACAGCCUACAGGAGCACGUGGUGAAGUUGUGGAGUUUUCCAUUGAUCUUCAUGGUGAAGUGCACACGGCAAAACUUAUGUAGUGGAGUUUGGCUUUAUCUCUUUGUACAUGGUAGUGUACGAGGAUGGUAGCGUGAGAGUGUGUGGAGUGUGUGGCGAGGAUAGCGACAUGUGUAUAAGGUUCGGAGGAGUCUUGAGUAUGUCGGCAGGGAUCGUGCAUACACAUGGCGUCAAGCAAUGCACCGAGAUAUGCGGGGCGGACACGACGCAGGGUGAAGCAUGAUUGCAGUCGGAUAAUUUCGGCUGGGUCGGACUGGAUUGCCUGAUGGAUUGACAUGGAUGUUGGUCAAACAAGAAGACGGUGGUGAUCUCGGCGACGACGACAUAGGGGCGUGAUGCUGAUGGUGACCGACUUCUGGGGCGUGGAAACACGUGGUGCAGGCCUGAGGGCUUGUGCGGCUUCGGCAAGACUAUGGCGCAAAGUUGAUUCAAGGCAAUGUACACAUGAGAGCUUGAAGUCGACAGGGCGCGGGGGUGGCAUGUACAACCACCAUGGAGUCAUGUUGAAGGUGGAGCUGGAGUUUGAUGGACGACUUCACUCUGUGCUGAUGGAGGGGCUACGGCGUAAAUGCAUGGAGAGUCGAAGACUAAUUCAGCGGGAUAGCGAGAGACCCGUGGAUCGGGCUGGGUACCAGUGGUCUGGUGGAGACGUGAUACUCUUGCAUCGGUCGGUGAUGAUCGGUGGUUCUCUGUAGUAGGGGUUGAGUGUUGUGGGUAUGCGACCCUGGAGACUCAGCCAGGACAGUAGAGGCUCGACGCGGUGAUAGCGGCGAGGCGUGCGGUAAGCACGGAACACAGCAGGGGUGCUGAAGCAGUGUUGAUGAGUACCAGAUUCAAGUUGGUGACUGGGUCUAUCGGUGCUAGUUGAUGGACAUGAGUUGACCAUGGAGAAUCUGAGAAAGUGGCGGAGAGUCUGAAAUUGUCAAAAGUUGAGAGAGUACAUGGCCGUAUAAUCUAUGGUGUUCAGUGCACAUGCAAAGUGCGGAUGGCAAAUAUAGAAGGAGGCGGAGUGCUAUAGCUGUGGGACAUGCUAGAGACUAUCCGGAAGAUGAUGAGGACAUCAAUACCAUUGUUACACCCACAGCCCCUACUGUUACAUAUACUGGACCAAUUAC